CGACGCUCGACGCGAAACGCCGUCGCCGCGGGCACGCAGACGCAUUGCAGGCGAGCGGAUCGACCGUUCCGCAGCGCCGCGCCAGCCUGAGCCAUCAUGGGCUGCCCCCACGCAUGGCUGGUGCUCCUCACCCUAGCAAAGGCAGCCGACGAGCGCGGCGCCUGGUGGGCCUACCGUUCUACGAAUGAUGAUAUUGAUCUGAAAAAAUCCGUCUCGCUCAUCAAGGAAAUACCGAUAAAGAAGUACGAGAUGAGCCAUGAUACCAUCCAGGGUCGAGUGCACUAUGGUGUAUUAGCCAAAGACGCGGAAGCGAUACUGGCUGCUCCGUAUGGUGAGGUAGUAACGAGAGAAGAAGCGGUACCGGGCGCGAAAGGCGGCUUGACGCGGCGCGUCGUCGAUACGACUGUCGUGUUUACGCAUGCCUUAGCUACCUUACAGUACCUGGCUAGUGCAGUACCGGACGCCGUGAACCUCUCGGCGCCUCUCAAUGAGUCGCACUUCUCGACGACUUCCCUGCUAAGUGAGGUCGAGGACUACGUGUUGCAGGCGAACUGGUCGACGGCGGCUCGAUUACGACCGAUCCGCGAACUGGCCGAGGAGGAGACCGCCGCUUUAAGGACGCGACUGACGAAUAUUGAACAUAGGAUGCGGCGGAACGCCGAUGUGACGGACUACGAAUUUGCUACUAGAAAUGCGACGGCCGCCAUCGCCGAUGCUUUAGCCAUCGAUCGCAGCGAGAUGGACCAUAGACUAGGUUUGAUUGCUCUAGAUGACGCGGCGAACGCCACCAGGGAAGCGGAGAAGAUCCUGGAAGCUCUUAGAAGGUCGACGCAGCUCGCGAAGCUCCUCGACGAGUUCACCGUAGCUGAAGCGAGAGAAAAACUCAGAGAAGAAACGGCUGUUGAAGUGGCGCGAGAACAGGAAAGACAAAAAGCAGAGGCGGAGCGAUUAAAUGAAGACGUUUCUCUCAGGAUGAUCCGGGCGCGCGGCGCGGAGACGCGGCAGAAGCUCCUGGAGGCGAUCACGGCCGUCGCCGCGGAGGUGCAAAGAGCCGCGGAGUCGCUCAAGACCCAUCCUGAAAGGUUACGACGGUUCGUGUUCGGGCUGAUCGGUCUAGCUGCUGGGUACUUUACGACGCGGGAAGCUGCUUUGUUGGCGAGGCGUCUCCUGACGCAGUAUUUGAUGCGGCCCGCUUUAGUGAGAGAGAGUUCGUUCUCCAUGUCCGGGCUGCUGGUCUGGUCUUUAGGCUUGGUCUGGAAGCUCCUCAUGACGCUCCUACUCUUCAGGAGAGGUCCCGGCCACGACGGCGACGUCACGGUCGGGCAAGGUGGCGUCGAGAAGACGACCAAAAUCACCGACGGCAUUAUACUGCCAGAAGACCUCGGAAAAAGGUUAGACCAGCUCGCGAAAUCUAUUAGGGGCGCCCGCAAGCUGCGAGCACCUCUACGACACUUACUGUUGUUCGGUCCCCCAGGAACGGGCAAGACGAUGGUCGCGCGGCGCUUGUCCCAGAUUUCGGGUUUAGAUUGGGCUAUUAUGUCCGGCGGCGACGUCGGGCCGCUCGGAGCUGCUGCGUCGACCGAAAUUCAUGCCAUCCUGAACUGGGCGCGACGAAGCCCCAAAGGGUUACUGCUGUUCGUGGACGAGGCCGAGGCGGCUUUAUGCGAUCGCGGGCGGCCUGAUUUAAGUGAGGAGGCCAUUUCUGCAUUGAACGCGUUUCUCUUCCACACGUCGGAUCCCUCGUACACCUUCAUGCUCGUGCUCGCGACGAAUCGACCCGGUGACCUGGACGCGGCGGUGCUGGAUCGCGUCGACGAGGCCGUGGAGAUCCCGCUGCCGGACGAGGGCGCGCGCGAAAAGUUACUGCACUUAUACUUCGCGAUGGCGUUCGAUCGCCCGGCGCCUUCCACGAGACUGGGCCGUUUGUUAGAUCGAAUACUAAAGCGGUUCCGGGCGCCGGACGUGUGCAUUGCAUUGGAUCGGAAGGAGGCCAUCCGCGCCCUGGCGAAGAAGACGGAGGGCUAUUCCGGCCGCGAGUGCUCGAAGCUCAUGCUGUCCGUGCAGGGCGCCGUCUACGCGACGGAGCGGCGCGCGUCCGGCGAGCUCGUGCUCGACGAUGAAUUGUGGCAUCGCACGGUGCGCUGGAAGCUCGAGGAGGUGAAGCCGCGGGCGGCGAAGGCGGUGGCUGAUUUGCGGGUCGCCGUCGAGUGAGUAAUGCUAUCUGUUGUUUCUUAA